GAGCUGGCGCAGAUGUACCAGGUGCCGCGCCUCGAGCUGCUCUGCGCGCAGGCGCUGCAGGAGAGCGUCGCGCCGGCGACCGCCGUGCCGCUGCUCGAGGCGGCGCACGCGACGGGCGACGGGCGGCUCCUCGCGCAGUGCCGCCGCUUCGUGGCCGACCACGCCGCCGAGGUGCGGGCGAGCGGCGGCGUGGAGCAGCUGCGCGACUUUGGCGUGGCCAAGGGGCUGCUCGGCGACGCGCUCGACCAGGUGGCGGAGCUCAAGGGCGCGAUGCGCGCGCUCCGCGUCGCGGAGAGCUGAGAGCGCCCGAUCGAGUACCGGAGCAGUGUGACAGCGCAGCGCGCCGAGUACAGGGAGCGCGCUCCCGCGCA